AUGGCUGCGAACAACGUUCCGGCAUCAGCCGUUGCCGCUCCACAGCAGCAAAUACCUUUCGCAACGCAGAACGCUGCAUCUCCACCCUCAAAGCGUGAUCUCGCAUCAUGGUGGAAAACUUUCAAAAAGAAUGCGAGGAGAGAAGAGGAAAAAGUACAAGCUCCCGUCGGCAUAUUCGGCGUUCCGCUGGAAGUCAGCAUCAAAUAUGCAAAUGUCGCCAUCUCUCUCACAAACGAACAGGGAGAGAGUUACGUAUAUGGAUAUGUACCGAUAGUCGUUGCAAAAUGUGGAGUCUUUCUCAAAGAGAAAGCUACCGACGUCGAGGGCAUCUUUCGGCUAAGCGGCUCUGAAAGACGUAUCAAGGAGCUACAAGUACUGUUUGACUCUCCUGAUCGCUAUGGCAAAGGACUUGACUGGACAGGGUACACCGUCCACGAUGCAGCCAACAUCUUGCGGCGAUAUCUGAAUCGUCUGCCACAGCCUAUCGUCCCCCUCACCUUCUAUGAACGUUGCCGAGAUCCUCUUCGAAGUCAUCAAGCCCAAGCGGUUGGCGAUAUGGAAGCCCAAGCUCAGGAUGUGGGCGAUUUCGAUCAUGAAGGAGCUAUAACAACCUACCAACGAUUAAUCACAGAAUUACCGCCAUUAAAUCGCCAGCUACUUCUGUAUAUUCUGGACCUCCUUGCUGUAUUUGCUUCCAAGUCCGAACUCAAUCGAAUGACGUCUGCCAAUUUAGCUGCAAUAUUUCAGCCAGGAAUGUUGUCACAUCCAAGCCAUGACAUGGAGCCUCCGGAAUACCGGCUUAGUCAAGAUGUUAUCAUUUUUCUCAUUGAAAACCAGGACAACUUCCUGGUUGGUAUGAGUGGAACUGCAGCGGACGACAAGACUGUCAAAGAAGUACAAGGCGGCGUUCAACGUCGACCAAAUACGCCAACCAGGCUUUCUCAAGCGGGCCUGGGCAGGUCAGCUUCAAACGCAAGUGCAGGUGCAGACAGCCUUAGAAAGCAGGGGGGCGUCCGGAGGAACGUGUCUGUCUCUUCGAAGAACUCUAGAUCCUCAAGCAAUGUUCCAAGCCCCGGCUCUCCAGCUCCUGGAAGUCCACUGGCAGCUACUACUUCCGGAGGAGGUGUUCAAAGGAGUAACACCGUCCCGUCGAAGAAGUCGCCAGCCAUCCCUUCGGCUCGAUUCAGAAAUGCGGAGCCAUCGACGCCUACAUCUACCAAGCUCUCGCCGGGAGCUUAUAUCUUGACUUCGCCUCGAACAUUAUCACCCGGAUCUAAAUUAGCCCCCACAACUUCAGAGACUCGCUCUCCUUCAACUCCCACACAAAUCGCUCCUAAUACUCAUAGUCCUUCAAGCCUGAACUCUGUUCCAGAAGCAAAAGAAUCGAAUGCCAGAAAAACCAGCAGAGAAAAGCCACCAUCGACCGAGAAGCUUUCUCUACGAACGGCAGAACAUGGUGGAGUCAACACCACGAUCACUUCGGGUACACCUAAUCGGGAACGCAAGAACAUUUUCUCAAAGUCCCCGUCGAGUGACAACGAUCGCAAGGAUGUGCGCCAACCCAACAAGUUGAGGAAAAAGCGAGUUCCAGAGCUGUCACCUAACGCUAGCGCUCAAAGCUCGACACACUCAUUGGUACACGGCGCGCCGGAAUCGCCGUCCAACCAAGGAUUUUUCACGCCUAUGCCUACGCCCGGCUCUAGCACUCAAGUGGCCAGCGAUUCAUUGUCGCACGUACCUCCUGUAAUUGCCAACACAGACGCAACACCUCCAUCUGGACUACCGCCCCGAAUAGGUGAGCUGGAUAAACUUAGCGCAUUCCAUGUAUCACAACCGAGCAGUAGCCGAGAUGUCAGUCCCGCCCUAAAGCCUUCAAGAUCUCCAGCCCCUUCGAUACAUUCAAGGACUUCUGCUACCGAGGAUUCUGAGGUAGAGCACACUGACGGUGGGGCGGCUGCUGGGACGAAGAAGAAACACCGAUGGAGACUAUCAUCUACCGCCAAACCCAGCAACGGUAAAGCUCCAGCGACUUCAGGAGCGUCGCGAUUAGGCUCAAGUGCCGUCGCAGAAAAAAGCACGAGCUCUCUCGUGAGCGAAGGAAGGCCACGAAAGUCGACGACAGUUGAUUCACACCAAACACAGCAAACUACUGACACCGAAGCAGCAAAGUCAUUGGGCAUCCAACACUCUAGCAAUGAGUCUACGCCAUCCAAGGAUAGAGAAAUAGCCAAGGAGAAGGACAGUGUGGAUGAAAAGGAGAAAAAAGGGCCAUUUGGCUGGAUCAAAGCCAAGGUCGCCCACGCUAAAGAAGAAAGAAAAGAGCGCGAAGCCGAGAAAGAGAGGGCGAAAAGUCCACCUCGUGCAGGUAGCGAGCAUGCUGCGAGUAAACAAAGUCUAGGCAGUCUUGGCGCCAUCGCGCAAGAAGGUCUGCCAGUUCGAGGAAGGUCAAUUGAGCCUAUAGCAGCAGGUACGCAGGAGAAAGAGAGAGAGGCAACUGUCGCGCAAUAA